AUGUCUCUCGUCGUUAUCGUCGUCGCGGUACUCUUGAUCUGCGAAUCGCAGCUGUCUGUCAUGGCGCAGAUGCCGCCCAACAUGCCAGGCGGGCAGAUCGGCGGCGAGGCGGGUAUCGAGCUAGCAAUGUCUCUUUUCCAAACAUGGGAGGAGGCCUACGGAUUGAAACCCGACGUCCACUUGCCGCCCGCAAAGAUCACCUUGACGCCCAUGGUGCCGCCCGCUCCCCAUUUAGAGGACUGCUCGGUGCUGACAGCGGCGAGGAAGGAGUCGGAGAGGUGCGGAGGGGACGGGGAGCCCCCUCUAUGGGCACGGCAUCUUGAUAACUGCUCUCAGUGCAACCAGCAACCACCAUGGGUGCGUGGGUCCGACGCGGACAACCCACCGCUGACUGACGCGCGUGGCGCAGUGGGAUCUGUGGGAGCACCAGCUGUUCCACGGCAGCUGCGACAGAAAGCAUCAACCCCCCUCCUCCUCCCAAUCUAUCUCCCCACGUCUCUCCCAGUCUAUUUCCCCACGUCUCUCCCAGUCUAUCUCCCCACGUCUCUCCCAGUCUAUCUCCCCACGUCUCUCCCAGUCUAUCUCCCCACCUCCCCUCCCUCCUCCCCUCGCGCCUGCCUUCCCCCAAACCAGGUGCGCGGGUCCAAUGUGGACAACCUACCGCGGACGCGCGUGGCGCAGCGGGAUCUGUGGGAGCACCAGCUGUUCCACGUGUUUUGA